AGCUAGGUUUAGAACCUGCUGCCUCAAAGCCAGAGCUUUCUGUUCCGCUGGCUGGAGGCUGAGCUGGGUCAUCCAGACCCAGAGCUCCUGUGGGGCAGGAUGAUGGGGGGGCUCCGCUCCCAGCUGGCUGCACUGCUCCUGCUGCUGGUGCUGCUGUCCCCAGUACAUGGUGCUGAGAAGAGUCAAGACCAGCCAGUGUUCAGCCGUAUCAUCAGGGAGCAGGAUGUACAGGAGGGUCGAUGGCCCUGGCAAGUCAGUGUGCAGGAAUAUGAUGAUGAAAAAUGUGAAUACCACCACAUCUGUGGAGGAUCCCUCAUCUCAGCCCAGUGGGUGGUGUCAUCCGCUCACUGCUUCAAUUGCUAUCGCAAUGAAUCUGAGUAUUGCGUGAACCUGGGGGAGUACCAGCUCCCCAACCCCUCCCCGACCUGCAUCUCGUCCCCCGUGUGUCACAUCAUCAGACAUCCUGACUACAACCAGUGCAUGUACAUCGCUGACAUUGCCCUGGUGCAGCUGACGGAACCUGUCAACUUCACGGACACCAUCUGCCCCAUCUCUCUGCCCGGCCCCUCCACCCAGUUCCCAGCCGGGGAAAAGUGCUGGGUCACUGGUUGGGGCAAAACUGGGUCAGAGUAUGAAGAUGAGGGGGGGAUGGGAGCUUGCUCUUUCCCUCAGUCUGCCUAUCGUGUGAACCUCGGGGAGCACCGGCUGUCCAAUCCCUCCCCGAGCCUGGUCUCAUCCCCUGUGCGCCAGAUCCUCGUCCACCCUGAUUACAAAAGGGGGACCCGUGCAGCUGACAUCGCCCUAGUGCAGCUGGCGGAGCCAGUGCGAUACACCGAAAAAAUCCUCCCUGUCUGCUUGCCUGGCCCCUCUGACUCCUUCCCUGAAAACCACAUGUGCUGGGUCACUGGUUGGGGGAGAAUAGACUCUGAGGGUAAGACCAUCCCCCGGGGGAGAUGCUAUCACUCUGUGACUCAAGCCCUGUGCUCCUGGAGCCCUGUGAUUCCUGCUGCAUCACGAAAUAAUCCCUGCCCAGCUCUCUGCUGCCCCCUGCCAGCUGGUACCCCCGACUGGCUGUAUCCCUCAGCCAUCUGUGAGGCAGCUAAUCUAUUGAUCUCAGUCUCUCUCCCACCCCCCAAGAUGCUGCAGGAGGUUCAGGUCCAGCUGAUCAUCUGCAACGCCCUCUACAACAUCGACCCAGCCCCGAACAUCGGCAGGGACCACAUCAAACCCAACAUGAUCUGUGCCGGCUACGCCGAAGGGCAGAGGGACUCCUGCCAGGGUGACUCUGGGGGGCUGCUGGCCUGUGACCACAAUUGGACCUGGUUCCUGAUGGGAGUUGUGAGUUGGGGGGAUGGCUGUGGCCAGCCCAAUUGUUCUAGGGUCUAUGUCCGGACAGUGGCCUACGGUGAAUGGAUAUGGGGGCACGUAGUGUCCGGGGGCCAAGCCACAUCCAUGGAGAACAGCAUCUCUGAAGUAAAUGAUGCCAGAUCCUCCUUCAGCACCUACACGCUUCUCUUCACCACUCUCCUGAUGUCAUUGUGA